UUUGUUUUAUUAUGAUUCAACUCGUGUCAGCCAAUGUGGUAAACGAAACCAUUUUUGAUGUUAUUAUUCUAGUCUCUGAUGGAGUUAAAUCGUUGUCUUUGUUGGAAGAUAAAUACAAUGAAGUACGCUUAGCUGUAGAAAACUUUUCUAAGAUUUGUUGUUCAUUAGAUGACGGAAAUGAUUGGCUUAUUCCAACAGAAAAGAUUCCAGCAAAACGCCUAAUUUAUUCAAGUACAGGCUCUAUUCAUGGAGAUUUUGAUGAUGUUAGGAAAUAUAUAAAAGCUGGGAUUGCAGCGGGAAAAAGAUUUUUAAUGACUGGCGCUCGUUCCCCACUUCUAAUAACUUUACCUACUGAACGUUUUCCAGCAGCCCAAAUAUGUUCUGCUAUUGGUUUUCUCCAUUCAUUAUAUACACCUCUUCUAAAUCGAGAAAAAAUUGAAAAUUUUGUUGAAAAGGCUGAUUUAAUUGGAAUUUUGGAAUUAAAAACAAAAUGCCAAAAAAUUAAAAAUUUUGUACCGCAUGGGUCUUUGGAUGAUUUUUUACAAGGAAUUCAAAGCUCUUUUAAUUUGUGUAGAGAUAUUGGAGAUGGGGAUCCUCAAAGAAUGUCACCUUCCCGUGUUGUUGAAUACAUUUUAAAUGAAUUUAAAGAUUCUUCAAUUAAAAUAAAUAUUGUUGAAAAUAAAGAUCAAAUUUUGAAAAAUUAUCCUUUAAUGGCUGCCGUCUCUAGAAGUGCUAAUAAUAUUGAAGAACAUCGAGCCCGAUUAAUUUGGUUAGAAUAUAUUGGAGAAGGAGAAAUUACUGAAACUUUGUUUAUUGUUGGAAAAGGGGUGACAAUUGAUACAGGCGGGGCAAAUUUAAAAGUGGGUACUUCAAUGUAUGGAAUGUCUCGUGAUAAAUAUGGAAGUGCUGUUUUGGCAGGUUUUUUCCGUGCUUUGGAUAUUUUAAAACCUACAGGAAUUAAAGUAGUUGGAUGUAUGUGUAUGUGUAGAAAUAGUAUUGGUUCUAAUUCUUUUACAACUGAUGAAAUUAUAACUGCAAGAAGUGGAAAAACAAUACAAAUUACUAAUACAGAUGCAGAAGGAAGAUUGGCUAUGGCUGACGCUUUGGCAGAAAUGAAAGAACUUGCUCUAAAAGCUCGUAAUCCCCAUCUAAUGACUAUUGCAACAUUAACGGGCCAUGUAGUUCUAAGUUACGGACAUUGUUCAGCUGCUAUGGACAAUGGACCCGCUAGAGCUGUAAAUUAUGCUGAACAGCUUAAACAAACAGGAGAUGUAUUUGGACAGCCAGUAGAAGUUUCUAGACUUUUUAGUGAGGACUUUUCUUUCCACUCUUCAGAUGUCCAAACAGCUCAACUUAAACAAUCGGACAUUGGACCUUCUGUCCAAACACUUCGUGGACAUCAAGGCCCAGCAGCUUUUUUAAUUUGUGCUUCUGGUCUUUCUGAAUGUGGUUUAGACUCUGCCCACCCAAUUAAAUAUACACAUUUGGAUAUUGGACUUGUUAUGGGUGCUUAUCCACAAUGUUCGCUUCCAUCGCCUUUGCUUACCCUUAUUGCACAGUUUGUUUUUUUAGAAAAAAUAUUUUGGGAGAAAAAUUUCUUUUCAAGUCAUAUUCUACCAAAAACUAAAUUUCAAGAAUGGGAAGUCAAAAUUAUUUCUUAA